AUGAAGAUACUUCUGUGUAGGGGUGAAGAGCUAAAUAAAGCUGUUAAGCCAAAAGAAGCAGAAGCAAUUCAUGCGGGACCAUUAGAAGCUAACGAGGCAAACGAAGCAAAUGAAGCAAACGAAGCAAAUGCGGCUGAUCCGGAAACAGCAGACUCUGAUAGCCUAGAUAUCCCUAUAAGAGGGAGGAGGAGGCACAGGCAUCGUCGGGAACUCGAAGCAAAUGAUGCAAAUGAAGCAAAUGAGGCAAACGAAGAAAAUGAUGCUGAUCCGGAACCAGCAGAAGCUGAUGACCUAGAAACCCUUGCUAGAGGAAGGAGGAGGCACAGGCAUCGUCGAGAACUCGAAGCAAAUGAUUCAAAUGAAGCAAAUGAGGCAAAAGAAGAAAAUGAUGCUGAUCCGGAACCAGCAGAAGCUGAUGACCUAGAAACCCUUGCUAGAAAGAAGAGGAAGCAUAGGCAUCGUCGGGAACUCGAAGCAAAUGAUGCAAAUGAAGCAAAUGAGGCAAACGAAGAAAAUGAUGCUGAUCCGGAACCAGCAGAAGCUGAUGACCUAGAAACCCUUGCUAGAAAGAAGAGGAGGCACAGGCAUCGUCGGGAACUCGAAGCAAAUGAUGCAAAUGAAGCAAAUGAGACAAACGAAGAAAAUGAUGUUGAUCCGGAAACAGCAGAAGCUGAUGACCUAGAAACCCUUGCUAGAGGAAGGAGGAGGCACAGGCAUCGUCGGGAACUUGAAGCAAAUGAUUCAAAUGAAGCAAAUGAGGCAAACGAAGAAAAUGAUGCUGAUCCGGAAUCAGCAGAAGCUGAUGACCUAGAAACCCUUGCUAGAAAGAAGAGGAGGCACAUGCAUCGUCGGGAACUCGAAGCAAAUGAUGCAAAUGAAGCAAAUGAGGCAAAUGCGGCUGAUCCGGAACCAGCAGAAGCUGAUAACCUAGAAACCCUUGCUAGAGGAAGGAGGAGGCACAGGCAUCGUCGGGAACUCGAAGCAAAUGAUGCAAAUGAAGCAAAUGAGGCAAACGAAGAAAAUGAUGCUGAUCCGGAACCAGCAGAAGCUGAUGACCUAGAAACCCUUGCUAGAGGAAGGAGGAGGCACAGGCAUCGUCGGGAACUCGAAGCAAAUGAGGCAAACGAAGAAAAUGAUGCUGAUCCGGAACCAGCAGAAGCUGAUGACCUAGAAACCCUUGCUAGAAAGAAGAGGAGGCACAGGCAUCGUCGGGAACUCGAAGCAAAUGAUGCAAAUGAAGCAAAUGAGGCAAAUGCGGCUGAUCCGGAACCAGCAGAAGCUGAUAACCUAGAAUCCCUUGCUAGAGGAAGGAGGAGGCACAGGCAUCGUCGGGAACUCGAAGCAAAUGAUGCAAAUGAAGCAAAUGAGGCAAACGAAGAAAAUGAUGCUGAUCCGGAACCAGCAGAAGCUGAUGACCUAGAAACCCUUGCUAGAAAGAAGAGGAGGCACAGGCAUCGUCGGGAACUCGAAGCAAAUUAUGCAAAUGAAGCAAAUGAGGCAAACGAAGAAAAUGAUGCUGAUCCGGAACCAGCAGAAGCUGAUGACCUAGAAACCCUUGCUAGAGGAAGGAGGAGGCACAGGCAUCGUCGGGAACUCGAAGCAAAUGAUGCAAAUGAAGCAAAUGAGGCAAACGAAGAAAAUGAUGCUGAUCCGGAACCAGCAGAAGCUGAUGACCUAGAAACCCUUGCUAGAGGAAGGAGGAGGCACAGGCAUCGUCGGGAACUCGAAGCAAAUGAUGCAAAUGAAGCAAAUGAGGCAAACGAAGAAAAUGAUGCUGAUCCGGAACCAGCAGAAGCUGAUGACCUAGAAACCCUUGCUAGAAAGAAGAGGAGGCACAGGCAUCGUCGGGAACUCGAAGCAAAUGAGGCAAACGAAGCAAAUGCGGCAAACGAAGACGAAGAGGAAUUACAGGAAGAAGAACAGGCAUAA